ACUUCUGCUUCUGUCCACCUUUCGUUUGUGUGUGUGUGUGUGUGUGUGUGUGUGUGUUUGUGUGUGUGUGUGUGCGUGUGUUUGUGAAGAAGACAGCAACAUGAAUUUUAUCAAAUUAAAUUCCCCAAACAAAACCUGUUUUAAACAUGGAUUUAUUGAACGUGUAUUAUUAUAUAACGGAAUAAUGUCGUGUAGCAUCUGUACAUCUCAGACGGCGGGAAGCUUCUGUGUUUACCGACAGUAGAAAAUAAAAAUAGUGUGAAAUCACCCCGAAACUUUUGGCGCGCCUUUACGCGCCCAUGCGCACCGGCGCGCACCCGCGCGCGCAGCGACCUGUCUCUUCAAGUCGCGUUCAAAGCCGAUUACCGCGGAUCCCUUUUGCGGCUAUUUCGGUUUGUGCGCUCCGUGACGGCGCAACUCCUGAGCCGAGGUCCGCAGCGUGGAGGCGUCGUGAGAGGGAGAGGAAAGGGGAAAGGGGGGAGAGAGAGAGAGAGAGACGGAGGAGAGACGCACAGACGGUCUCUCCCACUUUUCCCAGCAUGCUCAGCCCGGAUUACUCCCCGGGAGACGCGAUGUGAUGCCCCGGGUCACCGUGUGAAGUUCAACCACCGGAACCCAAAACAAGCGACGACAACAACAAAAAAGCGGAUUAAAAUGCAGAAGGGCGUCCGGUACAACGAGGGCCACGCGCUCUACCUGUCGGUGGUCGCGCGCAAAGAGGGCUCCAAGCGCGGCUUCCUGAGCAGGAAGACGGCGGAGAACGGCCGCUGGGCCGAGAAGUACUUCGCGCUGCACCAGAACGUGCUCUUCUACUUCGACAACGACCAGAGCGCGAGGCCCUCGGGGAUAUACCUGCUGGAGGGGUGCGCGUGCGAGCGCGCGCCCGCGCCCAAGGUGUGCGCCGUCAGCAAGGAGCCGCCGGAGAAGCAGCAGCACUACUUCCUGGUGAUCUUCGGCCACGAUGGACAGAAGCCGCUGGAGCUGCGGUCGGAGGAGGAGUCGGACUGCAACGAGUGGGUGGAGUGCAUCCAGCAGGCCAGUUACUCUGACAUCAUCAUCGAGCGUGAGAUCCUGAUGCAGAAGUACAUCCACCUGGUGCAGAUCAUGGAGACGGAGAAGAUCGCAGCCAAUCAGCUGCGCACUCAGCUGGAGGACCAGGACGCCGAGAUCGAGAGGCUCAAGGCCGAGAUCGUCGUGGUGAACAAAACCAAGGGCAGGAUGCAGCCUCAGCAGCUCAACCCGGAGGAGGAAGACCCGACAUCAAAAAGGAUCAAGAAAGGUAAAUGGUCGCAGCGUGUGCAGAGCUUCAUGCGCGGCUGGCUGUGCCGGAGGAGGUGGAAGAUCAUCGUCCAGGACUACAUCAGCUCGCCGCACGCCGAGAGCAUGAGGAAGAGGAACCAGAUCGUCUUCAACAUGGUGGAGGCGGAGACGGAGUACGUCCACCAGCUGUCCAUCCUGGUCAACUGCUUCCUGCGGCCGCUCCGCAUGGCGGCCAGCUCCAAGAAGCCGCCCAUCAGCCACGACGACGUCAGCACCGUGUUCCUGAACAGCGAGACCAUCAUGUUCCUGCACGAGAUCUUCCCAGGUCUCAAAGCUCGGAUCGCCAACUGGCCCACGCUGGUCCUGGCCGACCUGUUCGACAUCCUGCUGCCGAUGCUGAACAUCUACCAGGAGUUUGUGCGGAACCACCAGUACAGCCUGCAGGUUCUGGCCAACUGCAAACAGAACCGGGACUUCGACAAGCUGCUGAAGCAGUACGAGUCCAACGCGGCGUGUGAGGGCCGCAUGCUGGAGACCUUCCUCACGUACCCCAUGUUCCAGAUCCCCCGCUACAUCAUCACGCUCCACGAGCUGCUGGCCCACACGCCUCACGAGCACGUGGAGCGCAAGAGCCUCGAGUUCGCCAAAUCCAAACUGGAGGAGCUGUCCAAGAUGAUGCACGACGAGGUCAGCGACACCGAGAACAUCAGGAAGAACCUGGCCAUCGAGAGGAUGAUCGUGGAGGGCUGUGACAUCCUGCUGGACACCAGCCAGACCUUCGUCAGGCAAGGCUCCCUGGUCCAGCUGCCGUCCAGCAGCGAGCGGGAGAUGCUCAGCAAGGUGCGCCUGGGCUCGCUCUCCCUGAGGAAAGAGGGCGAGCGGCAGUGCUUCCUGUUCACCAAGCACUUCCUCAUCUGCACGCGGACAUCUGAAGAGAGGCUCCACCUGCUGAAGCAGGGCGGCACGCUGUCCCUGAUCGAGUGCACUCUCAUCGAGGAGCUGGAAGCCAGCGACGAGGACUACAACGCGGCCGGUCAGGGCUUCAACCACCUGGAGUUCAAGGUGGUGGUGGAGCCUCCGGACGGCGGGUCCUUCUCCGUCGUCCUGCUGGCUCCCUCCCGCCAGGAGAAGGCGGCGUGGACCAGCGACAUCAGCCAGUGCAUCGACAACAUCCGGUGCAACGGCCUGAUGACCAGCGUGUUCGAGGAGAACUCCAAGGUGUCGGUGCCGCACAUGAUCAAGUCCGACGCCCGGCUGCACAAAGACGACGUGGACAUCUGCUUCAGCAAGACGCUGAACUCCUGCAAGGUGCCCCAGAUCCGCUACGCCAGCGUGGAGCGCCUCCUGGAGCGGCUGACCGACCUGCGCUUCCUCUCCAUCGACUUCCUCAACACCUUCCUGCACACGUACCGCAUCUUCACCACGGCCGCCGUGGUCAUCGACAAGCUGGCCGACAUCUACAAGAAGCCCUUCACCUCCAUCCCCGUCAGGUCUCUGGAGCUCUUCUUCGCCACCAACCAGGGCUCGUGGGGGACGGACCCCCUGAACAACAAAUCCCCGAGGCUGGGCCGCAAGUUCUCCUCCCCGCCGCCCCUCACCCUCCCCUCCCGCACCUCCUCCCCCGUCCGCUGCCGCAAGCUGUCGCUCAGCUCCCCCGUCGGCGGGAGAGCCGGCCCCCUGGACCUCUCUGCCACGCCCACCUCCUCCGCAGCCAACUCGCCCACCUCCACCCACGGCCCCUGCUUCCCCUCUCCGCCGCCCGCCUGCCGUCCCGCCUCCGGCUCGUCCUCGCCGCCCCCCGUCUCCGCCAAGACCCCCGGCUCGCCGGAGCCCGGCCCGGCCGGCGGCGGGGAGGACGUCGGCGGGGAGCUGCCGUGCAUCGACGCCUUCUGCGGGAAGCUGAGGCGGAGCAUCCGCAGGGCUGUCCUGGAGACCGUCUCUCUGGACAAGUUCUUCCCCGACUCGCCGGGCGGCGUCGAGGCGGGCGACAUGUCUCCGUGCCGCUCGCCCUCCACGCCGCGGCACCUCCGCUACCGACAGUCGGGAGUCUCGCCGGGGGACAACUCCCGCUGCACGAUGUCGUCGGCGUCGGCCUUCGCCAUCGCCACCGCCGCCGCCGGGCACGGCAGCUCGCAGGCUUUCACUGGUUCUGACAAAGUCUGCGACAAGGAGUUCAUCAUCCGCAGAGCCGCGACCAACCGAGUCCUCAACGUGCUGCGACACUGGGUCUCCAAGCACUCGCAGGACUUUGACAUGAGCAGCGAGCUGAAGAUGGGGGUCAUCUGUCUGCUGGAGGAAGUGAUACGAGAUCCAGACCUGCUCCCCCAAGAGAGGAAAGCCACCUCCAACAUCUUAAGUGCUCUUUCUCAGGAGGACCAGGACGAUGCUCAGCUGAAGAUCGAGGACAUACUGCAGAUGGCGGAGAACCCGAAGGCCGAGUGCUUCGAGUCGCUCUCGGCGAUGGAGCUGGCCGAGCAGAUCACGCUGCUGGACCACAUCGUGUUCAGGGGCAUCCCCUACGAGGAGUUCCUCGGUCAGGGCUGGAUGAAGGUGGACAAGACGGAGAGGACUCCGUACAUCAUGAAGACCAGCCAGCAUUUCAACGACAUGAGCAACCUGGUGGCGUCUCAGAUCAUGACCCACACUGACGUGGGCUCCAGGGCCGGCGCCAUCGAGAAGUGGCUCGCCGUCGCCGACAUCUGCCGCUGCCUCAACAACUACAACGGCGUGCUGGAGAUCACCUCCGCCCUCAACCGCAGCGCCAUCUACAGGCUGAAGAAGACCUGGGCCAAAGUCUGCAAGCAGACCAAGGCCCUGAUGGACCGGCUGCAGAAGACGGUGUCGUCAGAAGGGAGGUUCAAGAAUCUACGGGAGACGCUGAAGAACUGCAACCCGCCGUGCGUCCCCUACCUGGGCAUGUACCUCACCGACCUGGCUUUCAUCGAGGAGGGGACCCCCAACUUCACCAAGGAGGGCCUGGUGAACUUCUCCAAGAUGAGGAUGAUCUCUCACAUCAUCCGGGAGAUCCGCCAGGUCCAACAAGCACCUUACAGGAUAGAGCACCAGCCCCAAGGUGUGACUCAGUUCCUCCUGGAUAAGACGCUAGUGAUGGAUGAAGACACCCUCUACGAGCUCUCGUUAAAGAUCGAACCCCGAGUCCCACCCGGCUAAUUACAACUUCAUUUCAUACGCGAUGUAAAUACUUUUUAAAAUAUCAAUCACGGACAGAACUUGAGAUUCUCUCUUAAAUAAUACAGCAGGGGUUGUUUCACGACACACCGCCAGUUAUUGUGCUCAGGAAACUCAGGAGAUAAUGUGCCUUGUGUGAAUAUUCAAUGUGUACGUUUAUGAAUCACAAGAUGAUGUUUUUGGUGUCAGCAGCCGAUCAGGUAGCUACAGAGGGAUCGGUUGCUUCCACCGCGUUGUAAAUAUACAAACAACAUGCCUCUCUCGCACAUCGUCGUCAGGGAGGUUUUACACUAUCUGAAAGAAAAUUGCAGGAUUUUUAGAUAUGCAUCAAUGGACGCUAAGCACACGCUGCUCAUGAAACGGAGACUGUUUUAACAUCUUUUUGGCCCCUUUGGCGCAGCGGAACAACCCUUUAAACACAACACUCAUCAUCAUCAUCAUCAUCAUCACGUGAAGAUGUGUUAGCUAAAAGUGGCCUGUUACACAUCCAGCAACCACGGAACAGCUCGUCAUUCACGUCGAGUUAUUUGUGUCCACACAACAAAUUGAAGGAGAACAUUUUGCUCAUUUUGCUCCAUUUUUUUGGUCUCCACCAACUCCAGAGGAAAAUAUCUGUCUUUCUUUCUCAUCCAGUGUUUCUUUAACUGAGCAGUGUUUUCUACAUAGAGG